CAUUCUGCAUUAUUUAGCUUCAAAGCAUUAAUACAAAAUGUUUGUUCUUUGUUUAGCUGUGUGGGGGGGGGAGUUAAUCCAUAGAGAGUUGAUUUCUACUUCGGUCUUUGUUUUAUUUUAAAGCCAAAAUUCCACCUUAAUGUGAACAUUUUCUGUUUUUGCUUAUGGGUUAAGUGGACAGUGGUGUGAUUUUUGUGGGGAAAUUUGGCCUUACAUAAUCAUAAAAUUAAAUUGAAAUCAUUCGUGGAGUGUGCACGUUACCCUCAUACUUGCGUUGCUUUUCUACGGGUUCUUCGACUGCCCCCCACAACCCCAAACCAUGCAUUAUAGAUUGACUAAAGACUGUCAACCAUUCGAUGGUGUAACUCGACUCUUGUCCAUCUGGGAUCUGUGCCUAAGGUUUGUCAUUCUGAGCGGGGAAAGCUAAAGAAAAAUGUCAUUCGUCCAUCCAUUCAUUUUUGAUAUCACAUAUUCUGUUUACAGAGAAUUGGAGGCUACUCACCCUGGAAUGAUCACUUUACAAAUUGAAAAAUGAUCAUUCACAAUCGCAUUUUCGCCAUCUGAAUGGGAACUGAGCACACAUGGUCAUUGUGUCAUCUUUAAAGCUGUAAGGGUUUUGUCGGCAUUUAAUUCAAUACAAUUAGAAUUUGGAUUUAAGUCUAUCCUGGUUCAAUCCGAUCAUUAGAAAAGAGCUUUGAGAUAGUGUGAAAUGCAAUAAGGAUGCCCUUUUAGAAUUUUAGUGUCAAUACUCAGUUUGUUUCAUAAGUUGGAAAUAUUAGAAUGUACUUCUUGUGACAUCUGUACUGGUCUGUGUAAUGUGUGCGUGCGCUUGCGUUUAUCAAUGUGUGUUAUUAUAGCAAUGAUGCAACCCAAAGGGGGCCUUUUUCUUUACUGUUUUGUUUACUGUUUGUCACUUCAAUUCAAAAUUCUGUUCAAAACUCAAUUCUUUUUUUGCAUGUGUGAUCAGUGAGAAUCUACUACAUGAAACACAAUGGGACCAUUCCAGGAGUAUGAGGAAAAGAAGUCUCCACAGAAAGGAAGCCCUCGGAGUCGCAUCCCACGUUUGGUCCUCCAGCCCUUCCAGCCAAAGGGCAAUGGCUCUCCUCUUUCUGACUCUCCUUUCUCAGAGGAGGAGGGCAAAGAGUGUGACAUCAGCUCAGAUCACUCCAAAAGAACAAUCAGCACCAACAGUUUUUACUCAGAUGACACCGGCUGCCCCACUAGUCAGUCUGUGUCCCCCUCCAAAACUCCGUCAGGCUCAGAGGAGAGUGCCCACAGCUCGCCAACACUACCCGAACGUAAGGCCAAAGUGAAGAGGGUACGAGUCAUAGCUGAGGGCAGUCGUGAACCACGGAGUACACCAAAGCACAAGAAGGCGCUGAGGUCGGCCAUGAAAACCAGAGGAAGUGAGGCAGACUUUAGCUCCUCCAGCAGUACAGGGAGCCUAAAAAGAAGAGAGAGCCUCACCAAAUCUGGAAAGAAGACUCUCUCUCGCAGUUUGCUCCCAGUCUUCAAACCAGCAGGGAGCCAGUCCCCCAACCGUGAUGCAGACCUAUACGCUCCUUACCAGGCUCCACCAAGAGCGGCAUCGUCAACCAAUAGUAGCAGCUGUAACUCCAGCCCUACAUCCAGGCGAGUAAACUUCAGCCGCUACCAUUCAUGUGGCGAUAACCAUGGAAUCAGACCCCCCAACCCUGAGCAAUACCUCACGCCUCUGCAGCAAAAAGAAGUGGCCAUCAGACACCUGAAAACAAAGCUACUGGAAUCUGACAGCAGGGUUCAUGACAGGGAGGCAGAAAUUGUGGAUCUCAAAGGCCAACUCAGCAGAAUGAGAGAAGACUGGAUUGAGGAAGAGUGUCACCGGGUUGAGGCCCAAUUGUCCCUCAAAGAAGCCCGUAAGGAAAUCAAACAGCUGCGCCAGGUUGUGGAGACCAUGAAGAGCAGCCUGAUGGAAAAAGAUAAGGGAAUACAGAAGUACUUCAUCGACAUCAACAUCCAAAACAGGAAGCUGGAGGCCCUCUUGCAAAGCAUGGAACUUGCUCAGAGUGGUGCCAACCUUCAAGAAGACAACACACAGGAAUUCCUCUUUCAGAGCCCUGAUAUAGUUGGGAAAAAGAUAGUUGGGGAUGAAGAAAUUGGAAUGGAGCUAGGAGAUCAAGGGGUGGAGGCCAUGGCUGACAGUGGGCUGCUAAUAAAUGACGAGAUGGCCAACAGAGGUGAUAUGUUGGAGCAGGUCUUCAUGUCCACUCCAGUAGAUUUUCGUCUGGACCCCAUCAACAAGCCGAAACCUGUGAUCGAAUCAGGCUUUGGAAUGUCCAUAUUAUCGGAAAUAUCCAAUCCAUCUCCACCGGCCAUACCAGCUACUAUCAACAGCUGCGUUUCAUGCUCUGUUAAGAAGACCGAAGAUAAGAAUCUCCAGACUGACAUGAUGCCGAUGUCACAUGACCUUCAGGCUCUCCUAUACCAGCUUCUCCGACUUGAAGGGAGUAGAAGACAGACUUUGUCCAUCUCCAGCACUGUUCUGGUUCUCCCAAACCUGGACACCCCUACGGCCACUUCUGCACAUUCCCCUGACUUGAGCUGUCCCCCACCCAACAUGCUGACCCCUACUCCACUUGACAGCAAAAUCAUCACAACUGACUCAGGCAUGGGCGACUCAGAACUGGUGGAGAACCCGCGGUUCAUGGAUGAGCUGGAUUUUGAGGUGAGCACAGAGAAACAACAUCCUUCACCGGGAUCAGGCGUGAUCACCAAGCAAUACUGGAGCAACAGUUUCCUGGUAGAUCUGGUUGCCGUCGCGGCGCCUGUGCUCCCCACAGUGGCUUGGCUAUACUCGCGACACGGUGUGGAUAAAAGCACUCCAGUCAACAUUGUGGCUCUCAUCAGAGGCUGUUGCAUCAUGGGAUUGCACUCCCUUCGACACAUCGCUCACAAGCCAGACGUAUAAUGGCUUCCGACUUGCAGGCACACGGCUCACUUUGAAUUAGAAGCACUUAAGCAUUUUUGAGAAUAUAUUCCUAUAUUAUUUGCUUUUCCUGAACACCUUUCCGCUGUUGAGUACAUCACUAUAUUUACUAUGAGUCUAAGCAAAAUUAUGACAUGGAAGGGAAUAUCUAUUAAUGAGUGUAGAGUUUAUUUAUAGUUUCUCAAUAAGAUGAUCAUCUGGGCAGAUGUUUUUUCUUAUUGUUUUAUAGAUGCUGUCCCAGGUCAUCCUUGCUGAAAAUCAAAGCACUUGUUCAGUUUUUGGGAAACAAAAGAUGGAAUGUUUGUAUCAGUUUUGUAAUGUUGAGUUGUCCAAAAAUGAACUUUAAUCCUUCAGCCAAAGCUUUAAUGUAAAAUCUAUUUUUUCCUCUUUCCCCCAAAUAAGCAGAGAUUUAUUCCUGUAAGUUGACCCUUUUGUAUUAACUGAAAGUUGAUGUUUCACAGCAAAUGACUGUUUGUGCCUAUGUGCAAUACCUGUACCCGUGGUUUGCAUCAGAUGUCCGUGUAUAUUA